CUCCAUAUUACUGGACUGGAGCUCCUGCUCCACCCCUAUAUAUUAGGACCGGGAAGAACUGCUCCACCACUAGCUACUUACCAUCUAUAUAUAUCUACAAAUCCAACAGCAAAAUAUACACACGCAUAUAUCCAUAUUUUCCGGCAACAAGUUAAGCAGAGCAGCACAGCAGCAGCUUGCAGCUGUCGGCUAGCCCGCCGCGUCGUCGUCGAUCUCGGCCGCCAUGACGACGUACCGGGUGUGCUGCUUCCUGCGGCGGUUCCGGGCGGCGUCGAACGAGCCGUCGGAGGCGGUCAGGGACGUGUUCCAGGCGUACACCGACGGGGCCGGCGUGGUCCGGGAGGAGGCGCUGCGGAGGUUCAUGCGGGAGGUGCAGGGGGAGACGACCGACGCCGGCGCCGAGGCGGCGGCCAGGGAGGUGAUGGCGUUCGCGGCGGAGCAGAGGCUGCUCAAGAAGGGCGGCCUCACCGCCGAGGGCUUCCACCGCUGGCUCUGCCACAACGCCAACGCCGCCCUCGACCCGCGCAGAGGGGUUUACCAGGACAUGGGCUCGCCGCUGUCCCACUACUUCAUCUACACGGGCCACAACUCGUACCUGACGGGGAACCAGCUGAGCAGCGGCUGCAGCGAGAGGCCCAUCGUGAAGGCCCUCCUCGACGGCGUCAGGGUCAUCGAGCUCGACCUCUGGCCCAACGCCGCCAAGGACCAGGUCGAGGUCCUCCACGGCAGGACAUGGACGUCGCCCGUGGAGCUGAUCAAGUGCCUGGAGGCCAUCAAGGAGCACGCCUUCACGUCAUCCCCCUACCCCGUCAUCCUCACCCUGGAAGAUCACCUCACGCCGGACCUCCAAGCCAAAGUGGCCAAGAUGUUAAAGGAGACCUUCGGGGACAUGCUGUACAUCUCGGAGUCCGAGAACAUGGAGGAGUUCCCCUCCCCGGACGAGCUCAAGGGCAAGGUCAUCAUCUCCACGAAGCCGCCCAAGGAGUACCUCCAGACCAAGAGCCACAAGGAGGAGGCCGCCGCCGACAAGGCCGAGGAGGGCGUCUGGGGUGAGGAGAUCUCCGACGACAGGGCCCCCUCCCGGCAGAUGUCGGAGCAGUACAGCGGGAAGUACGAGGCGGAGGAGGCCGGCGAGGAGGAGCCGCCGGACGGCGAGGCCGAGAAGAAGGCGCGGCAGGGGGCGGACAACGAGUACAAGCGCCUCAUCGCGAUCCAGCUCACCCGGAGGAAGCACGACAUGGACGAGGACCUCAAGGUCGACCCGGAGAAGGUGACGCGGAUGAGCCUGGGAGAGAAGGCGUACGAGAAGGCCAUCGUCUCCCACGGGGCUCACAUCAUCAGGUUUACGCAGAGAAACUUGCUGCGGAUAUUCCCGCGGUCAACGCGCAUCACGUCGUCGAAUUACAAUCCGAUGAUGGGGUGGAGGUACGGAGCUCAGAUGGUUGCAGCAAACAUGCAGGGCCACGGACGGAAGCUGUGGCUAACCCAAGGGAUGUUCCGAGCGAACGGCGGCUGCGGCUACGUGAAGAAGCCCGACAUCCUGAUGAACAGCGACCCUGACAAACUGUUCGACCCUACAGCCGAUUUGCCAGUGAAGACGAGGCUGAAGGUGACGGUGUACAUGGGUGACGGCUGGAGGUUCGACUUCCGCAAGACGCAUUUCGACAAGUGCUCACCCCCCGACUUCUACGCAAGGGUGGGGAUCGCCGGAGUGGCGGCGGACACGAGGAUGGAGCAGACCCGGGUGAUGAUGGACAGCUGGAUCCCGACGUGGGACCACGAGUUCGGGGAGUUCCCGCUGGCGGUGCCGGAGCUGGCGCUGCUCCGGGUGGAGGUGCACGAGUCGGACAACCACCAGAAGGACGACUUCGGCGGGCAAACAUGCCUGCCGGUGUGGGAGCUCCGACCGGGGAUCCGCUCCGUCAGGCUCUGCGACCACAAGGGCCAGCCGCUGCGAUCCGUCAAGCUGCUCAUGCGCUUCAAGUUCUUCCCCUCCUCCUCCAAGUAACCUUGCUCCCGCAUGAAUGUUCAGAGAAUUUUUUUUGUUGGUUCGCUGUCUGUGAUGCUUUGUGCAGGAAUGUGCAUCUGUGUGAUACGACACGGGGACUGGGAGUGUGAUUGUGUUGUGAUUAUCAUUGGUGUGAUAAAUGGGUUAAUAAAAGAUCGAUCCCGUCAUUGAAUGUCAGUAACUAGUACUGCUCGUGUUAGUACAGAGGGCGAAUGUUAUUCAAGGCGGUUGUACCGUGUAUCUACUGAAGAAAAAGGUUACUGCUA